AUGGCCACAUCCAACAACAAUGCAGAGGCACUAAUCCCUCAAUUCAAGUUCGAAAAGCUUUUAAACCAAGACCAAGCCGGACGCCGCAUCGUCUUGCAGGGCACAAUCGCAAGUCAACCCGCACUGCUCCUCGCCGAGCGCGCCGCCUUUGACUCGGACGAAGCACAUCUAUCUACCUUCACCGGCUCGCUCUCGCACGUCCAGAACCUCGGCGACAAUGACAUCUACCGCUGGUAUAUGGCCCACAGCGGCGCUGGCCAAGGAAAUCCGCCCGACUUGAAGAUCAACCUCAUCUAUCCAUGUACCGACCAGCACCUCAAAAAAUACGCCGCACAAGCCGUUCGCUAUGUGACCGAGACUCCUGAAAUCUAUCGUAACCAUGUGCGUCCCUACAUGCAGACCAAGCGCGAUCAAGGCCGACUAAACUGGGUAUUCAACAUCCUCGAUGGACGCACCGAGCAAGAAGACGUCCUGUUCCGCUCGCCGCAUGACACGACCCCGGAAGACGAAAGAUACCUGUUACUUCCUGACUUAAACUGGGACCGUAAGACGCUGGGAAGCCUACACAUGCUCGCACUCGUCGAGCGCAGAGACAUUUGGAGUCUUCGCGACCUCAAGAAAAAGCAUGUUCCUUGGCUCAAGUCCAUCGUUGCAGAUAUUGCAAACACUGUUUCCCGUCUAUACAGCAUAGACUCUGACAUGCUCAAAUGCUAUGUUCAUUAUCAACCAACUUACUACCAUUUCCACAUCCACAUUGUCCAUGUCUCGCUCGAGGCUGGUGCUACACAGGCCGUGGGUAAGGCUCUAUCUCUAGACAACAUCAUCUCUCAGCUCGCCACCAUGGCUGGUGACGAGGAAGCCGGCAUGGAUAACGUUGAUCUAUCUUUCACCUUGGGCGAAGCUAGCGAGCUAUGGACAGAUGUUUUCUUGCCCUUGAAGCAAAACCGUCUACAAUAG